AUGGAAGAUAAGGGCGAACCCGUACUGUUAGGACUUGGCCGGGUUGGGCGGGUGAUGCGCUUUGGAAACAUUGCAGUGAAAACUGCUAAUAUCUGGACUGUGCCCAAGGACGCGUCCGAGACUGAAAUCAUCGGCUGCGAGCAAAUGGGUGAGCUGAACAAAGAGUCCCUAAAACAUGAGGGACUUGUGUAUUGCCAUCUAGGCCAUGUUCAAGGGGUGAUAAAACCAUGUCAGAUCACCGACACCGAGAUUCGAAUGCCAUACCUGCGCCACGGGUCCCUCUCCGGCUAUCUGCGCGCUCAUAGUGAUAGUGUGGACAGCAUUCGACGAUUACGAUGGCUCCAAGAAGCUGCGCACAUCAUCCGUCGAGUCCACGAGCGGCGGGUAUUAGUUGCUGACAUAGCGACACGAAAUUUCCUGCUUGACGAGAAUCUUUCUCUCCAAAUGUGUGAUUUCACCGAGUCCGUGAUUGUUUCGAACGACGAGGGCAUGACCAGCUUUGUAUCUGAGGACUACAUUUCAGUCAAAUUCGACAUUGCCCGCUUCGGCUCGAUGAUAUACGAAGUCAUGUCCGGCAGCCGCUGCGAAUUCUACGUUGUACCCGAGAUCGAGGCCGAUCUAGACGAUGAUCCAGAGUCCAAAACAUUUAAAACGUGGCCAACUGCUGAGAAACUUCCAAAUACGAAUAACGUGUUCUUGGGGGAUAUCAUCGGGAGAUGCUGGGCUGAGAACGGAUUCCUCACGAUGCGGGAAGUUUGUCACGCCUUGGAUAAUGCUGAUCAAAGGCCGGCAGCCUUAAAGGCUUCUGGAGACACGGAAAAUGCAAAUAUCAACUGGCGACGUCUACUGCGUUUGGCAAGCCCGGUGGCGACAACAACCAUUCUUGCAAUUGUCAUCAUUCCACGACUUCGUUUUCCGUGGCGGGCGAUACCUUCUGUUCUUCGCUCGUCCGGACAUUGA